AUGGACUCGCCUUUUCGGUCCUGUCACCUGGAGAGCCGGACAGCCAAUGGGAGGCGCGGUCCGGAUCCCAGCGGCCAAUGGGAAGGCGGCGCGGCGCGCUCCCUGGACUAUAAGAGCUCGCCGGCCGCGGAAAGUGAAAGUGGCCAGCCCGACCCGAGGCGAGACUCGGAGCCAGGGCCCAAGGGAGGAGAAGGCCGCGCCGGGGAGCAGGAGGGCGAGCUGAGCGCUGGGCCUCGCGCCAAGCCCGGGGAGGCCGUGGUGCUGGAGGAGACUGAGCCAGAUAGGCAUCUUGACACCGAUCUGUUGGACUGUGAAAACACUUCCUGCACCUUACCUGGCCCUCCCCAAAACCCCAAGCAGCCGCAGAAGCGCUCCCGGGCAGCCUUCUCUCACACUCAGGUCAUCGAGCUGGAGAGGAAGUUCAGUCAUCAGAAGUACCUGUCAGCCCCAGAGAGGGCUCACUUGGCCAAGAACCUGAAGCUCACGGAGACCCAAGUGAAAAUCUGGUUCCAGAACAGACGCUAUAAGACUAAGAGAAAGCAACUCACUUCAGACCUGGGAGACCUAGAGAAGCAUGCCCCCUCGCCAGCCCUAAAAGAGGAGAGCUUCUCUCGGCCCACCGUGGUCUCCAUGUAUAGCAGCUACCCUUAUCAUCCCUACCUUUACUGCCUCGGCAGCUGGAGCCCAGCUUUCUGGUAAUGCCAGCUCAGAUGGUAGCCGCGUAUGAUUUCAAACUGCCUUCCCCAGAUGUCUCUCUGAAAAGCAAAAGGGGCCUGAGGUCAGGGAGCUCCAGGGAGGAAAAGAUAUACAGCCCCAAGCUGUCUGAGGUUUCCAUGGAAAUUCCAGAUUCUUUACUAGAGGCCAGAUGAAAGAGCUGGGACAGUGCAUAUUUUAAUAUGCAUGUUGUUCACAAUUCAUACUAGAGAUCAUUUUUGCCUUUAGU